CCCCUUUUUCCCUCCUUCGCCGUCCCCAACAGUACUCCCUGCGACACUUUGAUGAUUGUUAUGUUCAUCAUCAGCUCAGCUCCUCCAAUCUCACAUUCCAUUCUGAAAUAAUAGAAUAGAAAGUAAUAAGCACUAAGAAAGAUGAGCACCGUGGAUAAGAUGCUAAUCAAAGGCAUCCGGAGCUUCGACCCGGAGAACAAGAACGUCAUCACCUUCUUCAAGCCCUUAACCCUAAUCGUCGGCCCCAACGGAGCUGGCAAAACCACCAUCAUAGAGUGCUUGAAGCUUUCGUGCACCGGGGAGCUGCCUCCCAAUGCGAGGUCCGGCCACAGUUUCAUUCACGACCCCAAGGUUGCAGGGGAAACAGAGACAAAAGGGCAAAUUAAGCUUCGAUUCAAGACAGCGGUGGGUAAGGAUGUGGUGUGCAUUAGGUCGUUUCAGCUGACGCAGAAGGCGUCGAAGAUGGAGUAUAAGGCAAUUGAGAGUGUGCUUCAAACAAUAAACCCUCACACUGGUGAGAAAGUUUGCCUUAGCUAUAGAUGUGCUGACAUGGAUCGGGAGAUCCCCGCUUUAAUGGGUGUUUCAAAGGCUAUUCUGGAAAAUGUGGUAUUUGUACACCAAGAUGAAGCUAAUUGGCCAUUGCAAGAUCCUUCCACAUUAAAAAAGAAGUUUGAUGAUAUCUUCUCUGCAACCCGAUAUACAAAGGCAUUGGAGGUCAUAAAAAAACUUCACAAGGAUCAGGCUCAAGAAAUCAAGACCUACAAGCUCAAAUUGGAGAAUCUUCAAACUUUGAAAGAUGCUGCAUAUAAGCUUCGGGAAAGCAUUGCUCAAGAUCAAGAGAAAACAGAAUCUCUGAACGUACAAAUGCAGGAAUUGGAGGAAAGCAUCCAAAAUGUGGAUGCUAAAAUUCAUCAUACUGAAACAAUGCUGAAAGAUUUGCGGAAACUACAGGAUCAGAUAUCAACAAAGACUGCCGAAAGAAGCACAUUGUUUAAGGAGCAGCAGAAACAGUAUGCUGCUCUUGCUGAGGAGAAUGAAGAUACUGAUGAAGAGUUGAAGGAAUGGAAAACCAAGUUUGAAGAAAGGAUUGCACUUUUGGAAUCUAAAAUAAGCAAGUUAGAGAGGGAAAUGAAUGACACAGAGACUAAAAGUUCUUUUCUUAAGAAGACAAUUAAUGAAUAUAUCUGGGAGAUUAGCAAGCUACAAACUGAAGCUGAAGCUCAUAUGUCCUUGAAGAAUGAACGAGAUUCCACCGUUCAAAAACUUUAUGCAAGGCAUAAUCUAGGGUCUCUUCCAAAUACCCCCUUCAGUGAUGAAGGUGCUUUGAGCCUCAUAAAUCGAACCAAAUCUAGGUUGAUGGAUCUUGAGAAGGAUAUGGAGGAUAAAAAGAAAUCAAAUGAAUAUGAACUUAAGACAGCAUGGGACCGCUAUAUGGAUGCAAAUGACAGAUGGAAAAAUAUUGAGGCGCAAAAACAGGCCAAAUUAGAUAUCAAGAGUGGCAUUUUGAAACGCAUAGAAGAGAAGGAAAAUGAACGGGAUUCAUUUGAACUCCAAAUUUCUAAUGUUAAUCUUUCUCACAUUGACGAAAGAGAAAAAAACAUGCGUAUUGAGGUUGAGAGAAAAACGAAUCAGCUUGCUGAAAGAGAAUUUGAAUCAAACAUACGUCAAAAGCAGAGUGAGCUAUAUAGCAUAGAGCAAAAGAUUAAGGCUGUUAAUCGAGAGAAAGACAUUAUGGCUGCUGAUUCUGAGGACAGAGUGAAACUGUCUCUGAAGAAGGCAGAGUUGGAGAAUCACAAGAAGAAACACAAAAAGAUAAUCGAUGAGUACAAGGACAGAAUUAGAGGAGUCCUGAAAGGGAGGCUUCCACCUGAUAAGGAUUUGAAAAAGGAAAUUACUCAGGCCCUAAGGGCCAUUGGAAUGGAGUUUGAUGACUUGAAUACAAAAUCCCGUGAAGCUGAGAAGGAGGUGAAUAUGUUGCAAAUUAAAAUACAAGAAGUUAAUACUAAUCUGUCCAAAUAUUCCAAGGAUAUGGAGUCAAGGAAGAGAUUUAUUGAAUCCAAACUUCAGUCCUUGGAUCAGCAAUCUCUUAGCAUAGAUAUUUACCUCCGAGUCUUGGAGUCAGCUAAGGAGAAAAAAGAUGUCCAGAAAAGCAAAUACAACAUUGCAGAUGGUAUGCGGCAAAUGUUUGAUCCUUUUGAAAGGGUUGCCCGUGCUCAUCAUGUUUGCCCUUGCUGUGAGCGCCCUUUCUCUGCGGAAGAGGAAGAUGACUUUGUUAAAAAGCAAAGAGUGAAGGCAGCAAGUUCCGCUGAGCAUAUGAAAGUGUUGGCUGUGGAGUCCUCAAAUGCUGACUCUUAUUUUCAGCAGUUGGACAAGCUUCGUAUGGUUUAUGAAGAAUAUCUUAAAAUUGGAAAGGAAACAAUUCCUAAUGCUGAGAAAGAUUUGCUUGAGCUGACUGAAGAGCUGGAUCAAAAGACUCAGGCCCUUGAUGAUGUGUUAGGUGUUUUAGCUCAAGUAAAGGCUGAUAAGGACUCAGUUGAGGUCUUGGUGCAACCUGUUGAAACUGCUGACAGGUUCUUCCAAGAAAUUCAAAAUGGGCAAAAGCAAGUCGAUGAUUUAGAGUAUAAGCUUGAUUUUCGAGGGCAAGGCGUGAGAACCAUGGAAGAAAUUCAGUUAGAGCUGAAUACGUUGCAAAGCACAAAGGAUGGUUUGCAUAAUGAACUGGAGAAGUUGAGGGAUGAGCAGAGGUAUAUGGAAAAUGAUUUAUCCAACAUCCAAAUUCGGUGGCACACUCUAAGGGAGGAGAAAGUCAAAGCAGCUAAUACAUUGCGUGAUGUUAAAAAGGCAGAAGAAGAGUUAGAGCGUUUAACUGAGGAAAAAAGUCAAGUUGAUUUUGAUGAUAAGCAUUUGGGGGAGGCUCUUGGCCCUUUAUCAAAGGAGAAAGAUAAAUUACUGAGCGACUACAAUGAAUUGAAAGCUAAACUUAAUUGUGAAUAUGAGGAGCAGGCUGAACAAAAAAGAAAUUACCAGCAGGAAGUCGAGAGUCUACUUAAAAUUGCUUCUAGAAUUAAAGAGUAUUAUGAUUUAAAGAAAGGAGACAGGUUGAAAGAAAUGCAAGAAAAGCAAUCUCUAUCAGAAUCUCAACUUCAAAGUUGCGACAUUAGGAAGCAGGAAAUUUUAGCUGAAUUAAACAAAAGUAAAGACUUGAUGAGGAAUCAAGAUCAGUUAAGACGAAAUAUUGAGGACAACUUGAAUUAUAGGAAAACAAAGGCUGAAGUAGAUGAGCUUACCCAUGAGAUUGAAUCACUGGAAGAAAGAAUAUUGAAGAUCGGUGGGGUUUCAACAUUUGAAGCUGAACUUGGAAAGCUCUCACAGGAAAGAGAGAGACUUCUUUCAGAGUUACACAGGUACCAAGGAACGGUGGCUGUCUACCAAAGUAACGUUUCGAAAAACAAAAUUGAUCUUAAACAGGCACAAUACAAGGAUAUUGACAAUCGGUACUUUAAUCAGCUAAUCCAGCUUAAGACAUCUGAGAUGGCAAACAAGGACCUGGAUAGAUACUACAGUGCACUUGACAAAGCACUUAUGCGAUUCCACACAAUGAAAAUGGAAGAAAUAAAUAAAAUAAUAAGAGAGUUGUGGCAACAAACAUACAGAGGACAAGACAUAGAUUACAUUAGCAUCCAUUCUGAUGCUGAAGGUUCUGGGACUCGCUCCUACAGCUACAGGGUUCUUAUGCAAACUGGUGAUACUGAGUUAGAAAUGAGGGGAAGGUGUAGUGCUGGGCAGAAGGUCCUUGCUUCCUUGAUCAUACGGCUGGCUUUAGCCGAGACUUUCUGCCUCAACUGUGGUAUACUAGCACUAGAUGAACCAACCACGAACUUGGAUGGCCCAAAUUCCGAGAGUCUUGCUGCAGCUCUUCUGAGAAUUAUGGAGGACAGAAAGGGCCAGGAGAAUUUUCAGCUGAUAGUGAUUACUCAUGAUGAGCGUUUUGCCCAACUAAUUGGUCAACGGCAGCACGCAGAAAAGUAUUAUCGGGUCGCAAAGGACGACCAUCAGCACAGUAUAAUUGAAGCCCAGGAGAUAUUUGAUUGAGGUUUCUCCAAACGAGUCUUGUGUGUCUUUUGGGAUGCAGCGGCAUUUGAAGGUUCUGUACAGAAUACGCAAUGCUAGAAUUAUGUAUUAGAUCAGGGUGUUACAAAUAAUAUUCAUUUUAUAUAAAGAAUGAGUUGGUUAA